AUAUUAAUAUGCUCCCUCCUACUUCGGUUGCUGCUAGAUGUUAGCUUAGCACUAGCAGCUAGCCUCCAGUCCGAUUUUCACAUCCCCUGGGCUGACAGAGGGCAACGGCGUGAUGGAAAUUGAGUCACUUCAAGAAGCACUCCGAGACUUUGAGAAGAAAACAAAAGGGGAGACCUGUCCUAUAUUGGAGCAGUUUUUGUGUCAUGUUGCCAAGACUGGAGAAACCAUGGUCCAAUGGUCUCAGUUUAAGAACUACUUUCUUUUUAAAUUGGAGAAGGUCAUGGAUGAUUUCAGAGCCUCUGCUCCUGAGCAAAGGGGCCCUGCCAAUCCCAAUGUGGAGUCAAUUCCAUUUGAAGAUAUGAAAGAGAGAAUCUUGAAGAUUGUUGAAGGGUAUAAUGGUAUUCCCUUCACUAUACAACGCCUAUGCGAGUUACUCACAGAACCUAAGAGGAAUUACACAGGAACAGAUAAAUUUCUUCGAGGUGUGGAGAAGAAUGUAAUGGUGGUGAGCUGUGUUCAUCCAACAUCAGAGAAAAAUGGAUGCAGCACUGUCAAUAGAAUGAAUGGAGUAAUGCUUUCCGGAAGCACAUCUUCAUUCACGGAGAGAAAAGUGAAUGGUCCGGGAACUCCACGACCACUCAACCGACCAAAGUUAUCUCUCGCCAACUCCCUUGCAGCUAAUGGCCUGCCUGACAGCACAGAAAGCAAAGACCUCAAAACAGACCAAGAAAGUGUUAAAGAUGUAUCAGGAAGUGAGGUUUCAGCCUCUGGAGAGAGCUUGGGCAGCUCUGUAAAAAACAAACACUCGGACACAGAAGAAGACGUGGAACCUGAGCGGGAAGUGAAGAGACUUAAGUUUGGUGAGGAGGAAGAUGAUGAGGAGGAGGAGGAAGAGGAAGAAGAAGACGAGGAAGAAGAGCAGGAAGUGGAAAUGCCACAGCCUUUGUACGGCACUUGCGUCUCAAAAGAAGCAGAAGCCAUGGUCCAUGAGGAAGAAAAGAAAGUUCAUUUAAAGGAAGAUGCCUCUUUUAGUGCUAUAGCUGUUGAAGACCAAGAGCCAACAAGCAGCACUCAGGCUGAAACGUGUCCAGACGAAGAGCUGGCCGAAAGGGACAAGCUGUGCAGAUCGCAGAAUGAUGCCAGUGACGUGGAUCAAGAGAAGCAGGUGUCACCUGCUUGUGUUGCUAGAAGCCCAGAGACCAAUGCAGAUAGUGAGGAGUUUCACAGUGACCCUGUUAGUAGUAGUAGCAGCAGCAGUAGUAGCAAUAGUAGCAGUUGUAGCAUAGACGAGAGUGUAGAAGUGGCCCCAGAAGAUAACUCGCCCACACCAUCUAGUAGUACGAAUGAGCCUUCUUCAGAGGGUGGUAUGGAAAAUGUCAGCGUGGAGAAUGGAACCGCUGACAAGCCGUUGGAGCAGGACUAGACUGAAAGCACCUGCCCUGCGGUCAUGUGUCACCACAAACCAGCUUGUCCUUGAAUCCAGCUUGAUUAUCACUGGGAAUGAGGAUAAUUUCACCUCAUACACAAACACCUCGUUCGAUGUCGGACUCUCCUCCAAAAUGGCUACCUUGCAGUGGUGUGUGCAAACAAUGAACUAUUCGUAGAAAACUGGAAUUUGUUAUUGAUCUAAUUAUUAUUAUUAUUUUUUUUGCUAAGGAGUUGGUUUCGCGGCCUUCUUCCUAAGCUGGAGUAACAAAAAGUCAGUUAAGUUUUUUGAUGGGUUGUGAUGGCCAUGUUCCCUUUUUUAUGCCACUCAUUCCAUUUGAGAAAGGAUUGGUGGUAUGGUGUCUCCUUCCAGCUCAUUGGGUGCAAGCACCAGAUGACAGAAGUCGACAAUUACAUUCACGUUUUUCUUUUUGAAGCACAGCCUGAAGGUGCAGGAGUUAAGCAUGGACCAGAGCCCCUCCGAACCCACCGCUAACUAACCUGUUUGGCCACCAAGCUUGCAGGAAACUUUUGUUGUUAUUAAUUUGCUUCAUCUUUUGUAUAAGGAGAUAUCUUCACAGUGUGUCCCAUGAGACAAACCUAAUUUUUGCUCGAUACACUACCAAUCCCACAGAACUGUACGAUCACAUGCUACAUUGCAGUUGAUGGUUUCAGUUCAGUCAUUUUUGGAGUUUUUUUUUUGUUUUGUUUUGUCUGCUGGUUGUUGUUUCCAAAACCAGCUGCAAGUACAAAGAUGACGUCUGCUUUCUUUGUAUUGUGAUGUCAUGUUCGUUUCACCGACUGAUUUCAGAGCAGUCUACGGUUGCAGGUCUCCAAUAUCUGCAACAAAAAUUUUUGAUAUUUAGAAUUUUGAAUUCUGUAAAGUAGAUUUUUGUAGAUUGUAAUACAGUAUGUGUUCACUGCCUUUGUGGAACCAUAUAUAAUUUUAAAUUUCUGUGUAUACUCUGAAUGCAUUUGCUUUCGAAAUGGGUAUUCAGAAUCAGCAAUAAAUGUUAAUGUUUGUA